GCAGGGGAGGCUGGGAGCCAGGACUUCUGGGUUCUAUCCCCAGCUCUGGGAUCCUUUCAAAAAGGCAGCCCCCAGAACUGAGCCUGGUGUUCCCGAUGGGGCGUUGUUGUAACGCAGUGCCAGGAAGUAGCUUGACACGGCAGCGGUAUCCGUAGAGAUCAUAGUGGAGUCCGUUAAUUCGUCUCUCCAUUUCACAUUUCCUUGGUCCAGCGUUCUCAGUGAUUAAAUGCACUUUCAUUGAGCAGGGAAAUUUACGCGUGCGUGGGAGCUCUUUAAAAAUUCAAACUUCCAAAACCGCAUCCGGACCCUUGCGUAUUGCAGUUGCUGUGCUUUCAUCUUGGCUGGAAACCCAGGGUUCACUGGGCUUGGUUAGAAAUGAUUAAUUAAGGACCCAUAAUGUGCUCAGGACAGAAAACAAAUACAGCCCCUUGGCCACGAGAGCUUACAAGCUAAGAGGCCAGUAUGUCUGAGCCAAUGCAUCUUAGCAAAUCCAGAGGGAAGAGACAUUUACUGAGUUAUGAGGAACUGGGAGUUUCUCUUCCUGGCUGCACGGCUGAUGCGCAGAGCAUACCACCCUCCGUCUUUGUGCCUCAGUUUCCCCUCCCACCUUUUGUUUGUUCUUCUGGGCCUGGGCCAUCUCUUGCUAUGGGUUUGUACAGCAUCUGGUGCAGAGGGGCCCCUAUCUCUGUCAGGGCUUGUCCGGUGCCACAAGGGCCUGUAUGGUGCCCCACGGAACAAAACACCUUAGUAUCGAUUGGGUGGCUCUCUACAGUGUCUGGAACCACGAAGGGGCUGUGGUCUCAGUUGGGGAGGGGGGAACGCUGCGUACAGCACAGUGUUGGCCUUCAUCUCGGUCAGGGAGCCGGGUUGCUAUGGGGAUGCUCUGAGAGGAAGUAAGUCCUAGUAACGUCGUGCCGGCUGUGAGGAGGGAGGACACAGGCGAAAGGUACCAAUGGCUACAGAUUCCGGCGAGCCGGCCAGCACGGAAGAUCCGGAAAAACCUGAUGGAGUUUCUCUGGACGGCAGGAUCCCGACCAUCGAAGCCGCUUUGAUCAUGGAGCCCGCCUGCACCCCGGCCUCCGGGGGUGCCACGGAACGGAAGCGGUUCUUCCGGAAGAGCGUGGAGAUCAUGGAGGAGGACAGAACCGCUGAACCGUCUCCCAGGGACGAGCGGGAGCAGCUGGUUGCGGGCGGUCGCCGAGGGGACCAGCUCUCUGCCAGUGUGCUGGGGCAGGAGGCCAGGAAUGAGUUGGGUUCUAAGGCGAUUUCAGAGGCCUCCAAGGAGAAGUCCAAGAAGGAGAUCGAAGAGGAGGCGGAGAUGAAAGCAGUGGCCACCUCGCCCAGCGGCCGCUUCCUGAAGUUUGAUAUUGAGUUGGGCCGAGGGGCCUUUAAAACCGUCUUCAAAGGGCUUGACACAGAGACGUGGGUUGAGGUAGCCUGGUGUGAACUGCAGGACAGGAAGCUAACCAAAGCAGAACAGCAGAGGUUUAAGGAAGAAGCAGAGAUGCUGAAAGGCCUACAGCAUCCGAACAUCGUCCGGUUUUAUGAUUCCUGGGAGUCCACGGUGAAGGGGAAGAAAUGCAUUGUGUUAGUCACUGAGCUGAUGACUUCUGGCACCUUAAAGACGUACUUAAAGCGAUUCAAAGUCAUGAAACCAAAGGUCCUGAGGAGCUGGUGCCGACAGAUCUUGAAAGGCUUGCAGUUCCUCCACACCCGGACCCCGCCCAUCAUCCACCGGGACUUGAAAUGCGACAACAUCUUUAUCACUGGACCCACGGGUUCGGUGAAGAUCGGCGACCUGGGCCUGGCAACCUUGAUGCGCACGUCAUUCGCUAAGAGCGUCAUUGGCACCCCCGAGUUCAUGGCCCCCGAGAUGUAUGAAGAGCAUUACGAUGAGUCGGUGGACGUGUAUGCUUUCGGGAUGUGCAUGCUGGAAAUGGCCACUUCCGAGUACCCCUACUCUGAGUGCCAGAACGCCGCCCAGAUCUAUCGCAAAGUCACCAGCGGCAUUAAACCCGCCAGUUUCAACAAGGUGACUGACCCGGAGGUGAAAGAGAUCAUUGAGGGGUGCAUCCGGCAGAACAAAUCUGAAAGGUUGUCUAUCAAAGACCUUUUGAACCAUGCCUUCUUCGCGGAGGACACGGGGCUGCGGGUGGAGCUGGCGGAGGACGACGACGGGCUGAGCUCUUCUUUGGCCUUGAGGCUGUGGGUGGAAGACCCCAAGAAGCUGAAGGGGAAGCACAAGGACAAUGAAGCCAUCGAGUUCAGUUUCAACCUGGAGUCGGAUGUCCCCGAAGAAGUGGCGUGCGAGAUGGUGAAAUCCGGAUUCUUCCACGAAAGCGACUCCAAAGCUGUGGCCAAGUCCAUCCGGGACCGUGUGGCCCUGAUCAAGAAGACCCGAGAGCGGCGGCAAGCCAGCUGCCUGGAGGAACAGAGGGAAGCCCAGUGCAAGGCAGCUGGUGGGGCUCCGCUGCUCCAGGGCGUCUCGCUGACCGGCCCGUCCCUGCCGGCGGGUGCCGAGUGGGAGGAGACGGAGGUGGACCAGCACGUCCGGCAGCAGCUGCUGCAGCAGACUCAGCACCAGUCUUCCUUGGCGGCCGAGAGCCUGUCGGAGAAGAGUGCUGGGUCAGUGAUUCUGUCGGAUGCCUCCACACAGCACAGCCUGGCCUACACGGAGCAGGUGAUGGGCUGCCCUCCACAGGCCUCUAUCCCCCCACCGGUGGAAGCCGGCCUUCAGGGACAUCUCUACCCAUCGCAGCCGGUGAUGGGACACUAUCAGCAGAUUGCUGGGCAGGUGCAGCAGCAGAACCUGGGCCACCUGCAGAUCUUACCCCCAGCUCUACCCACCCCCAGCUUGGCUCCACCGGCAGCUCCCCAGCCCCAGGUGUCACCCGGCACGGUCCCGCAGUUCACGCCGAUAACGCACCUCGAGUCGCAACUGCCCUACGGGGCCGAGGGGCAGGCGCUGGAGCCAUCGGUCAUGGCGGUGCCCCAGGCCAUCCUGACAGCUGCCUCUCCCCAUGCCAUGCCGGCAGCCAGCGCGCAGCUGGACUCCAUCACCAGGACCGGGAGUCAGAUGGCCACCACCACUGCAGCCGAGGUCGACCCGGCUUCUGGCUUCCUGACCCUCGGUCACAGCCUGGCACCGCAGAAUCAGCCCUCGGCCCAGUUUGUUGGCAACAUGCAGGGGAUGGCCCAGCUCCUGCCUGCUUCCUUGGCUGGGCAGCCAGGGGCGCCCAUGCAGCAGGUUGCGCCCAUGCAGCAGCUGCAGCAGGUGGCAUCGAUGCAGCCGCUCCAGCAGGUUCCUGCCAUGCAGCAGCCCCAGCAGGUGGUGCCCAUGCAGCAACCGCAGCAAAUUCCUCAGCAACCUGUACCCAUGCAGCAGAUUCCAGCCAUGCAGCAACUGCAGCAAGUUGCAUCGAUGCAGCAGGUUCCUGCCAUGUCCCAGCAGGUGAUGUCCAUGCAGCAGCCACAGCAAAUUCCUCAACAGACUGCGCCCAUGCAGCAGGUUCCUGCCAUGCAGCAGCCACAGCAGGUUGCAUCAAUGCAGCAACCCCAGCCGGUUGCGCCCAUGCAGCAGCCCCAAGAGGUUUCCGCCAUGCAGCAGCCGCAGCAAGUUCCUCAACAGACUGCACCCAUGCAGCAGGUUCCUACCAUGCAGCAGCCACAGCAGGUUGCAUCGAUGCAGCAACCCCAGCCGGUUGCGCCCAUGCAGCAGCCCCAACAGGUUCCCGCCAUGCAGCAGCCGCAGCAAAUUCCUCAACAGAUUGCACCCAUGCAGCAGGUUCCUACCAUGCAGCAGCCACAGCAGGUUGCAUCGAUGCAGCAACCCCAGCCGGUUGCGCCCAUGCAGCAGCCCCAACAGGUUCCCGUCAUGCAGCCGCCCCAGCAGUAUGCUGUGAUGCAGCCAGACUCCUUACUGCAGCCUUCCCUGGCCCAGCCAGCGCAGCCCAUGCAGUUGCAGCUGCCGGGUUACCCGCCCCCUCAGCAGCCGCAGUUUGUGCAGCACACGGGCACCCUAGAGCAGCCGCAGGGGCUGCUGGUGCAGGAGCCAGACCAGCAGGUGGAACGCGUGCGUCCUGUCCCGGCCCCAGAGCAGCUGGCUUACCCGCUGCAGGCCCCGUACCGGCUGCAGCCAGCAUAUCCCCUGCAGGGUCCUUACGCUGACCAGCCCCCCUGCCCAGCCCAGCCGGCAGAGCCGGUGGCGUAUGCAUACCCGGAGCUGCCGGGGUACCCGGUUCAACCCCUCUGCCCGGGGCAGCCUCCGUACCGGGUGGAGCAGGUGACGUUUCUGAGCCAGCUGGCAGAUCCGCAGCAGCCAGCCUUUGUGCCGUCUCCUGGGGCGCUGAGCCAGGAGGCUGGCACAGAGCAGAUGCCCGUGGCGCUCUCCCAUCAGGACAGCAGCGGCUUGGGGUACCCCCUGGCACAAGGGCCGGGCGAAGGGCAACAGACAGCGCCGCCGGCGGUCCCGUUCCUCCCGCCGCAGCCCUCCGCUUUCGCGCCUCCCGCGAUGCAGGCACUACCUCAGCAGGCUCCUCUCCAGCCACAGCCGCUCCUGGCCACGGUCCCCAUCUUGCUCCAGACCCUGUCGCCCAGGCCAGAGCAGCUGCAGCCGCCCUCCUCAGAACAAGCCUAUGGAGCGCAGCAGGCAGCAGUGCGCGUCCCUGAGCAGCCAGCCUACGUCCUGUUAGCGGCAGAGUCGGGGGUGUACCAGAGUCCGGCAGCCAGCCCUCUGCUCACCGCCUCCCCGCAGCCCGCCCUGAGCCCCCAGCUGCACCCACAGCACGGGCCGGGGCCCGAGCAGGUUUCCCAGCCUGCCACGGUGCCUGAGGCCCAAAUAGCUGCUCCAAAGCCAGACUUGCUGCAAGGGCUAAAUCCCGAGCUGGCUGCUUUGAAGGAAAGCUCCAAUGCACACGAGCCCAUGAGUGGCAACGGCAAACAAGACCGAAGUAAACAGAGGCGGGCGUCCUGCCCCCGGCCGGACAAAGGGACCAAAUUCCAGCUCACUGUGCUGCAGGUGUCUGCGGCUGGGGAUAAUAUGGUCGAGUGCCAGCUGGAGACCCACAACAACAAGAUGGUCACCUUCAAGUUUGAUGCUGAUGGAGAUGCGCCCGAGGAUAUUGCUGAUUACAUGGUAGAAGAUAACUUUGUGCUGGAGAGUGAGAAGGAGAGGUUUGUGGAGGAGCUGAGAGCCAUUGUGUGCCAAGCUCAAGAGAUCCUCCGAAGCCUGCCGGUGGAAGAGCGAGCGUCUGGCAAUGAUUCCGUUCCCUCCGAGUCCAACAGCAGCCAAACAGGAUCGUCCGAGCAAGUUCAGAUAAACCCUGCCUCCACUCAGACUGGCAACGAGUGCGCUCCUCAGUCCUCUCCAGUCGGCCGCUGGCGAUUCUGCAUCAAUCAGACAAUAAGGAACAGAGAGGGGCAGAUGCCGGGUGUUACCGGUCCGGACAAGGAGAAUGCUAAGGAGACGUAUCCGCAGGGUGGGCUGCUGGCUGCCGAGAGCCAGGGUCCCAAUGGCAGCCCAAAGGACAGCGCGGCACCAGAGUGCCCCGGCUCGAAACCUGAGCGGCUGGCGGAAGGAGACGCGGAGACACUAGUGCCUCUGUCUGCCAACGACAACUGGGCUGGGCCGGAGACUGGAGAGCCCCCUGCCCCACAGCCUGGCGACCGCCCUGUCGGCUUGGCAGUGGCCCACGCUGGCGAGCCGCCCCUCCUGGCCGAGGUCCCGGCGUCUGAGUGCCAGUCCCAGCAGCCUCCGCAAGAAGGAGACACCUCUCUGAACUCCAGCGCCGGGCAGGUGCAGACGCCCGGCUCGGAACCGGCCCCUCUGCCCCCCUCGGUGCCAGAAUCUGACGGCGAGGGGCCACCCAAGAUGGAUUUUGUUGACAACCGAAUCAAAACCCUGGAUGAGAAGCUAAGGACGCUGCUCUACCCAGAGCACAGCUACUCCGAUAGCCAGAAGGACACGCAGAGCACGGAGUCCCCACUCUCCUCGGCCGAGGAUACGCUGUCCUGUGCUGGGCCGGAAGCGCCAGCCACCGUCCCCUCCCCGGCAGAGUCCCAGGGGACUGAUGCCUUUGAGGGGUCUCCGCUGCCCCCCGCCGAGGCUGCCAGCCAGGCUGCUGGCUUGCCAGCGCUGAGACAGGACCCCGACGUCAUUACGGUCGCGCCCAGUGACCUCUGUCUGCACGAGCCGUCCCCGGAGCCUUCCUCCCCGCCGAACCCCGAGACCUGCCCCGCUGCAGUAGCCAGCACUGGAGCCGUUCAUCUGCAGACAGGAGGUGGAUAUUUUGGCCUAAGCUUUACUUGCCCUAGUCUCAAAAACCCUAUUAGCAAGAAAUCCUGGACUCGCAAAUUAAAAAGCUGGGCGUUCAGGCUCCGGCAAUCCACCAGCUUUUUCAAGAGAUCCAAAGUCCGCCAAGCGGAGGCAGAGGAGACGAGGACGGAGGGGCCUGCCGAGCAGGCUGGGGCGAACGAAGCCAGUGGGAGGUGGAGAUCGGCUUCGGUGUCCUAUCAGCGAGGUCGCUUCCAGGUCACCUCCGUGCCGCAGCAGCCAGCUCCCUGUGCUGCAGACGCCGGACCUGACGCUGCCGGGCCGGAGGAGCCUCAGACGGACGAUCCAGGCACCCCCCCGCCGGGAGAGUCGCUCCUGUGGGCUGGCCUGGCCUGCGAGACGGAUGCCUCUUCCCUCACCCCGGAGCAGGAGCCGGAGGAGCUGUCGGCCACAGGGAGCAGCACAGAGCCGUGGGCCGAGGGGCCCGUCCUGAGGCAGCCCAGCUCUGAUAGUGAGCUGGGCCCCGAGGAAUCGGGGGAGACCCUGGGGUCCGGCAGGGACCAGUGCCCCCCGCUGGCCGAGGACCGCGCCGGCCAUGGGGCCGUGCGCCGCAGUUCCCUCUUCCACUCGGCCUCCUCACCCAUGAGCAGCGAUGACGAGUCUGAGCUCGAGGACGAGGACCUGAAGGUGGAGCUGCAGCGGCUGCGGGAGAAACACAUCCAGGAGGUGGUGACGCUCCAGGCCCAGCAGAGCCGGGAGCUGCAGGAGCUGUACAAACGCCUGCACGCUCUCAAAGACAGCAAGCCCGAGCUGUCGGAGCUGUCCCUGCAGCCCGCCUCCCCCCGCCGGCCUCGCUCCUUCAGAAGCAAAUUGCGCAGCCGGCCUCAGGUCCUGACACACGCCGAGAACUCUAUCGUCGCCACAGAGUGCUGCUGCACGACCACCGCCGCCUCCAUGAUUGACUAUCAGCUGAGCAUCCAGGCCCGCCUGCUGCAUCAGAGCUGUGCCCCGGGGGAGCCCAGCCCAGAGCAGCUGUGUGCUGUCAGUGGGACUGCCUCCUGCCAGCAGUCCCCGGCCAGCAAGAAGGGGAUGUUCACCGACGACUUGCACAAGCUGGUGGAUGACUGGACUAAGGAGGCGGUCGGGAACGCCCUCAUGAAACCCAGCCUGAACCAGAUCAAACAGAACCAGCACCGGCUGGAGGGGGACAGCUGGAGCAAAGCCUGCGAGAACACGUCCUCGUCAGUGGGCUACACCUCCACCUGGAUUUCCUCCCUCUCCCAGAUCCGCGGGACUGUGCCGGCCUCCUUGCCCCCCGGACUGGCCCUCCCGGCAUUCCCCAGCGUCCUGCCGCCCUACAGCAUGCCCCACGUCUGCCAGUACAACGCCAUGGCAGGGGCGGCUUACCCAAUGCAGUGGGUGGGUGUUUCGGGGAUGGCUCAGCAGUCGGUGGUCGUCCCCUCCCCGCCCAUCGGACCCUUCCAGCCUGGGGGCAGCAUGCUGGGAUUCCCGGCCUCCCCAGUCCCUAACCCAGCUACCAUCCCGCCUGGUCCCAAAUGAAGCCAGAGCAGGGAGCUGGAGGCAAACAGGGUGUUGUCGUACUCCCCCAUCGUGGCCUGCAAACCGUGUGGAUUCUGGUGUGGCUGACGUCCAGUCUGCCAGUGGAGGCGAUUUGUCUCAGCUAACAGUGACUUGUGGCACGGUUCCUAUCCUCCCGGAAUACUUGAUUUGAUUUGAUUUUUUUAACCAGCUUUGGUAAACUCGGCUCCUGCGUCUCAUGCUCCUGAGAUGUGAUCGCUUCAGAAAGAAACCUCCAUUUCACCCCUCUCUGGCGGAGAAGCUGUCCGCCUGCAUCUUUUAAAUGGCAGACGUGAUGGUGGGGAGGAAUUUCUGAUUUGGUUUUUAAGUUAGUUUAUGGAAAAUGUGCUCCUAGAACUCACGUCGGUUUGAGCUGCGGCUGGGAAGUUUAGAAAGAAAAAAUGUUUUGAUCAGUGCAGCUAGCUUCUGCCGAGUUCUAAAGACCCUCCUUCCAACCCUGAGCCAGGAGGACUGGGGACUGAAAAAAGGGUUUCCUUGAUCUCACCAAUCCUGUCGCUGUGUCAGGAAUAUCCUUGAGCCAUUCAGGGCAGCUCCGUACAAAACCAGCAGCUAUUUCCUCGUUCCUCAUACGCACACUUCUUUGAUUUGAGCAGCUGAGAGAUGCUUGGGUAGUUGGGUGUUUCCUGUUGAAAUGAGUUCUGGUUUUGUUAUUUUUGCAGCAGACACGAGUCUCAGAGUCGGGGGGAGUUGCUGGGAGGGGGCUAUUUUAAAUCUCUUCCAAUCUCAGUCACCCCAUCUGGGACACAGAUUUGGAGGUGCGAAAUUAGACAGGGCAACAGGGCUGUGUGCACCCCUGUGCUGUAGAGAAUUUGGGAGCAAACGCAGUGAAUUGGGGUCUUACUUUAGCCCUGCUAAACCCUGUGCUUUUGCAGCUGCCCUCGUUUUGAAAAGCCUGCCUUUCAGAAGCACUGGCUUCCAAUGUUUUUCUAUCUUAGGCGCAUUUGAAAAUACUGCCUCAAGUCCAUUUUCGAAAGGGACUUUUCCUGAUUUUCAAAGGUAGAAGCAGUUUAGCGGCUUAACUCAUUGAUUUCAAUCGAAUUUAGCCACCUAACCUUCUUAGUGCUUUGUGACUAUGCUGGUAGGCACCUGUUUGCAUCUUUACUCUCCUAAAUAUCUUUGAAAAUCAGCUCCUACGUCUCUUUUGAAAAUGGCACUUCUGAAAAUUUCAUCCUGCGUCAUCCUGGCUUUGAUCUUAUAGCUCAUAUUUGACCCCUUUUGGGCUCUGAAAUCUUAAGCACAGCAACCUGAACAUGGGGGUCCUGUACGCAUUCGACUUCGCGUUAUGAUCUGGAGCACAUUCGAAACGGCUCACUUUCAGUGGGUUUGUUUCUUUUUAAUAUUCUUUCCCUUUGCAACCUGCCUCCGAGCCCUGGGUUGUAGACUAGCACAUGUCCCCUGAUUGCAGCCCUGUAGUGGCUAUGCUCGGAGAGAGUGCUUUCAGAGAAAGAGACUAAUUGAGGCUAAUGGAGAUUUUUUUAGCUGAAGUUUGGUUUACAUGAAGUGCAGCAAAUCCUCUUUCUCCGUCUCACCUGAUGGGCCCACUGACUCCAACACCGGUACCCAACUUGGCUUCAGUUCCUUAUUGUCUUUGCAAGGAUUUUAGCACAUGGGGUUGGGUUAGAUUUGUGGUAGGAACAGGGACUUAAAAUCACUUGCCAAAACUCAUCCCAUCUCCCCUUGGCAUUGCUGUCUCGUGGCCUUUUCUGCAUCCUGAGUUUCAAACAGACAUUUCUUUGCCAGGUGGCUUUCAAGUCCGUUGGAUCUUGCAAGGCUGGGCCCUUUGUCGGAUAGGAACUUUUCAGAUGUGCCAAAUGCUUCUGCUCCACCCUGAAAGCCCCGCUUAGAACAGCAUUAGGAAUGGACCCAGGUAGAGGUGCAAACUCGGCCCCAUUCCAUGCCCCCACCCCCGCUCCCCCUGCUUUGUCUGCCUGCAGCCACUUGCAUUGCCUUAUAACUGCUGUCUCCUAAGGUUUUUGUCAGAUUUUUACUGGGAAGGGCUGCAUGUCCGAGGGUGACUUGACACCAGUGGGUUUAACUUUUUUAUAGCGAACACGUGCAGAAAACAAACCCACACGCAGAUAGCGAGCGGCGUUUGUGAAGACCCGAGAACAGCGUUUCUCAUCUCCCUGGGAUUUUUUGGAUUUUUUUAAGACAUUUCAGUUCUUUUUUGGCUGGUUGUGUUCACUCCGUUAAAAACAAGUCUCAAACGGUGUAGGCACUUGGACUACGAAGUCUGGUUUUGUUUUCAACUUGGAGGAGAGGGUGUUUGGAAAUGGGAGGUGCUUGGCCUUAGCUUUCUUCCUUUCCCCAAAGCACAGAUCUGUGAAACAGCCGUUGGUUUUCCGGUGGGAGGGGAAAUCAAGGGCUUGUCUGCUCUUGCAAGGCUGCAGCAGGAGGGAUUUUCCGUAGACCCGGGCCUAAGACUCUGAACUAGCUCUGGGACCUGAUUGUAACUGACACCAAAACCGGACAGAAAUCCGAAUGCUAUGCAAGUAGAGUGAAAGCACACCUUAGUGUGCAUCUGUUGGUCUGGCUGUUUCCUUGUAGGAAGAGGAGAAAGCUGUGGAGGGACGGGGCUGGUAUCCUAUCUGUAACUGACCCAGGUAGAGUGGUAUAAAAUCAGGUCCGAAGGAUGCUUUUGGCUUUGACCCUGCUAAUUGUGGAGCGCUCUGGCCCUGAUCCAGCAAAGCACAAGUUGAAGUGUAUGAGUAAUCAGGGACAGGAACAGUUAAUUGGGAAGAGUCCAUGCACAGACAGACCCUUAGUGACACUGGGAAUCUAGCCUUGAUUCAGGAAGGGUUUUAAACAGCAGAAGGGGAGGGUGUCCCAGAUCAGGGCCCGACAGCAGAAAUGACUGCAGUUAGACCGGGAAAACACCUACUGUCUGUAUGGACCAGUCACUUGUGUCUGUUUCCUAGGGCAAACUACAAGUCCUUCGAAGACUGCAGUCCCUCCAGAUGUAUCCUCUCUAUCAUGAAGUGUCUGAGCAGCACGCUAGAAAUAGAUGCUGUAAAUCUGAUAACAAACCAAACCGUGCCCCCAGCCCCCAAAGAGUCAGUAGCAGCGUUCCGUCUGUAUGGAACGGUUCAUCUUUUCGUUGGCUGUAAUGUAACAAGGAGCUUUCUGGGUCCCACGUGGCAUUUUUAUUUUCUAUCCAGCAUGAAGGAUUUGAAGGUGAUAAACAAAUGUGAAUUAUUAUUAUUAUUAUUAUUUUUUUUUUAAAGAGACGUUUUAUUUUCCUGCUGUGACUCUUUCAGGUGGAAGUCUGCCAGGGUCAGCGUCCACUGUAACGAAUGGAUCGGUUUAAUAAUGGGCUGGUUUGGGGUACAGUCUGCUGAACCUGGUGCUUUUUACGUUUGCUCUUGGUUUUAUCUACCUCAUUUUUUUUUAGUGCUGUUUGAAUCCAGCCUCCAAUUUCCCAGUGUUGCUUUAUUUCCACCCCUCGUCUUAUGGGACUUCAAAGUGACAUUUGAUCUUCCAUUUUCUCAGUUAAUUAUUUGUGUAGCGAUUGCAUUUGCUCUCUUGAGGCAAAUCCCCCCCUUGAAUUAGCUGGAUGAAUGAAAAUAUGAUUUAGACGCUGCACCGUUGACCUGGGAUCUUUGGUAGCGCAUGUGAAAGCUGGAGCACCGAUCUGCCUUUCAGUAGCAACAAUUUGAAAAGCUUGUUUUAUCCACAGAAGCAUUGCUCAUGAAUUAUUUGUGUCCCUAAUUAAGCCAUCAAAAUAAGCCAAGCCACUGGCAUUGUUCCGUGGGGCGUGAUUCUUAACGUCCCUUUAAGGUGUUUUAUUUAAUAGUCGUUAAAAUGAUGCAGUCUGUCUGUCCUUCAUUUUACACGUUCUUAUUCUGUAAAGGUGAAAUGUUUGGUGAAAACUAUGUUAACCUAAAAUACAUUUGGAUUUUUGUUUUUUAA